GGACUCUCAAGUUGAAGCCUGCCGCCUGGAGCUUAUCUGCUUAUCCGACACCCGAUUCCUGAGGACUUGUUUUGCUCCUCCCUCGAGUGUCCUCCGCAGAGAGAGAGAGAGACAUCUUGUUUUCGUGGCCAUGGCCGGGGUCACCAGGAAGGGCUCCGGCAGACCCUCGUACUACUACAGGUUCCUGGGCAAGUCCCGACUGCAGCGUCAGCGCAGCCGGUCCCGCAGCCGCACCAGGCCGCCUGCCAGCCGGGAGUCUCCUCCGGAGAGGACGGGACGCCGACGCAGCAUGCCGGGCGGCGGCUCCUCCGACAAGACCACGCCCACUAUGGAGGCCACGCCCACUGCCACCACACCUUUCAGAGUCACCGGCUUUCUGAGCCGCCGGCUGAAGGGGUCGAUAAAGCGCACCAAGAGUCAACCCAAACUCGACCGCAACUCCAGCUUCAGGCACAUCCUCCCCGGCUUCAGGAGCGUCGACAACGACCGGUCCCAUCUGAUGCCCAGGCUGAAGGAGUCUCGCUCCCAUGAGUCAUUGCUCAGCCCCAGCAGCGCUGUGGAAGCCCUGGACAUAAGCAUGGAGGACGAGGUCGUCAUCAAGCCCGUGCACAGCAGCAUCCUGGGGCAGGACUACUGCUUUGAGGUCACCACCUCCACAGGAAGCAAAUGUUUUUCGUGCCGCUCGUCAGCCGAGAGAGACAAAUGGAUGGAGAACCUGAGGAGGGCGGUGCAACCCAACAAGGACAACAGCCGGCGGGUGGAGAACCUGCUGCGGCUCUGGAUCAUCGAGGCCAAGGACCUGCCGGCCAAGAAGAAGUACUUCUGCGAGCUGUGCCUGGACGACUCGCUCUACGCCCGCACCACCUGCAAGCUGAAGACCGACAACGUGUUCUGGGGCGAGCACUUCGAGUUCAACAACCUGCCGGCCGUGCGCGUCGUCGCCGUGCACCUCUACAAGGACACGGACAAGAAGAAGAAGAAGGAUAAGAACAAUUACGUGGGGCUGGUCAGCAUCCCCGCCGCCGCCGUCACCGGGCGGCAGUUCGUGGAGAAGUGGUACGCCGUGAGCACGCCCAGCCCCCCCAAGGGCAAGGCCUCCGGGCCCAUGGUCCGCAUCAAGGCGCGCUACCAGAGCAUGAGCAUCCUGCCCAUGGAGAUGUACAAGGAGUUCGCCGAGUACACCACCAACAACUACAUGCUGCUGUGCUCGGUGCUGGAGCCCGGCAUCAGCGUCAAGAACAAGGAGGAGAUGGCGUGCGCGCUGGUCCACAUCCUGCAGAGCACCGGCAAGGCCAAGGACUUCCUCACAGACCUGAUGAUGUCAGAGGUGGACCGGUGCGGGGAGAACGAGCACCUCAUCUUCAGAGAGAACACGCUGGCCACGAAGGCCAUCGAGGAGUACCUCAAGCUGGUGGGGCAGAAGUACCUGCAGGACGCCCUCGGCGAGUUCAUCAAGGCGCUCUACGAGUCAGACGAGAACUGCGAGGUGGACCCGUCCCGCUGCUCCUCGGGGGAUCUGCACGAGCACCAGAGCAACCUGAAGAUGUGCUGCGAGCUGGCCUUCUGCAAGAUCAUCAACUCCUACUGUGUCUUUCCACGAGAGCUGAAGGAGGUGUUCGCCUCCUGGCGACAGGAGUGCAGCAACCGCGGCCGGCCGGACAUCAGCGAGCGUCUGAUCAGCGCCUCGUUGUUCCUGCGCUUCCUGUGCCCGGCCGUCAUGUCGCCGUCGCUCUUCAACCUGAUGCAGGAGUACCCCGACGACCGCACGGCGCGCACGCUCACGCUCAUCGCCAAGGUCACGCAGAACCUGGCCAACUUCACCAAGUUCGGGAACAAGGAGGAGUACAUGUCCUUCAUGAACCAGUUCCUGGAGCACGAGUGGACCAACAUGCAGCGCUUCCUGCUGGAGAUCUCCAACCCGGAGACCAUCUCCACCACGGCGGGCUUCGAGGGCUACAUCGACCUGGGCCGCGAGCUCUCCACGCUGCACUCACUGCUGGCGGAGGUGGUGUCCCAGAUGGACCAGAGCUCCGCCUCCAAGCUGGGCCCUCUGCCCCGGAUCCUGCGCGAGGUGAACGCGGCGCUGUCCAACCCGUCGUCCUGCGUCGCCGUGACGCCCGCGCCGCCGCCGGAGCCCACGGGCUGCAGCUCGCCGCCCGCCGCCGAGGCCGGCUGCAGCAUCUCCACCGGGCUGCAGAAGAUGGUCAUCGACAACGAGCUGUCGGGGUUAGUGGACUUCACCCGGCUGCCCUCCCCGACCCCGGAGAACAAGGACCUGUUCUUCGUGACGAGGAGCUCGGGGAUCCACCCGUCCCCGGCACGCAGCUCCAGCUACUCCGAGACCAACGAGCCGGACCUGUGCAUGGCGCCCGGCAGCAAGAGCCUGUCCAUGGUGGACCUGCAGGACCCCCGCGGUCUGGACGGCGCCGGCCCGGGCCCGAACUCCUCGGACGGCCUCGGCGAGGGCCCGAUCUCCGGCGGCGGCGGUUGGUCGGCCAGAGUCCCGCAGGGCAACAACCCCGGAGGUCCGACUCUGCGGAGGCCGGCCCAGAACUCCCCCCUCGCCGCCGCCGUCACCCUGGGCUCAGAACCCCCGGGCCGCCCCGCCCAGCUGCUCGCCCCCCUGUCCUUCCAGAACCCCGUGUACCAGAUGGCGGCGUGCAUGCCGGUGUCCCCCCGCGGGAUGACGGACUCGGGGUCCGAGUGCCACAGUUCUGUGAGUUCACACAGCAACAACGAGGACGGGCCGGCGGGCGGCGGGAAGCACGCCUUCCUGAACCACGGCGGCGGCGGAGGGGGCGGGAGCAGCGGGGACGAGUACACCCGGCGGUCGGGCGAGUUCAACCGGCGCCAGCUGUCGCUCACGGAGACGCAGCACCAGCCCGGCGUGCCCCGGCAGAACAGCGCCGGCCCCCAGCGGCGGAUAGACCAGCCGCCGCCGCCGCAGAGCGUCACGCGGGGCCGCACGCCGCCCAACCCGCUCACCGGCGGGCCGUACCCGCGGCCCUCCUCCGGCAACGUGAUGGCGUCGGCGUCGCCCGACUGGCCCGGCAGCGGCGCCCGCCUGCGGCAGCAGGCGUCCUCGUCGAAGGGCGACAGCCCCGAGAACAAGCAGCGGGCGCAGCAGCACAAACAGGCCCCCUCCCCAGUGAACCCCAGUGCGCUGGACCGCACAGCCGCCUGGCUUUUGAAUAUGAAUGUGCAGUUUUUAGACCGUGAGGGGACGGAGGCGGAGUCACUGAGAAACAGAGAGGAUCUGACUCAGGUGGAGAAGUACCAGCAGGAGAUCUCCCUGCUGCAGGAGAAGCUGCGGGCGUCGGUGCAGAAGCUGGAGGAGUACGAGUCCCGGCUGAAGGGCCAGGACGAGCAGGCCCAGAAGGUUCUGAUGGAGUACCAGGCCCGGCUGGAGGAGUCGGAGGAGCGCCUGCGCCGCCAGCAGGACGACAAGGACCUCCAGAUGAAGGGCAUCAUCAGCCGGCUGAUGUCGGUGGAGGAGGAGCUGAAGAAGGACCACUCGGACAUGCAGGCCGUGGUGGACUCCAAGCAGAAGAUCAUCGACGCGCAGGAGAAGCGCAUCGCCUCCCUGGACGCCGCCAACGCCCGCCUGAUGAGCGCCCUCACGCAGCUGAAGGAGCGCUACAGCCUGCAGACGCGGAACGGCAUCUCGCCCACCAACCCCACCAAGCUGCAGAUCACGGAGAACGGAGAGUUCCGGAACAGCAGCAACUGUUAGUGGGAGGACGCUCGCGUGCGCUGGCGGCCGCCGUCUGGGAGGACGUGCAGCGGCGUGUUUUUCAAAAAGCCAACUUAGUACUUUUUCCAAUUUUGUUUUUGUUUGGCGAAGCCGGGCGCAGAAGUGGGCGGGCCAACCUGGAGUGGGCGGGCCAACCUGGAAAGGAGGCGGGACUUCAGCGGGAGAUCACCAGGUGGCCUUCGUUACGAAGAGGCGGGACUAAGCUUGUACAUACUGAAACUCGGAGCUGUCAAUCAGUCACACACUUUGCCCGCUCCUCUCCUCCGCCGCUCACUUUAUGCUCCUCCCACUUUACGACCAGCUGGACCCACGUAAACAACAACAACAAUGCGCGUCGAGGGUCUGGAGAGGACUACUUUGCUUUAUUAGAAAGAAGUCAUUGUUUAUAAAGAACCAAAUAGGAGCUGAAGAAAAUAGAUAUUUUAUCUUUACGUCCCUUUUGAGUCCUCGGUGUGUUCCCCCCCCCCCCCCCCCUAUGUAGUGCACUUUGUGAGAAGCUCUUGGUACAUGAAACGCCUUAAGUCGGGAACACACCUCUUCAUCCCGACGCUCCCCUGUUCCUGCAGCAAAAAAAUCAAUAAAAAAGGCACAACUUAUACUGUGGGUUUGUAAAAACAUCAAAGGUGUGCACACGUAACUGUAUUCUGAACACUAAAGUAAAAUAACUAUGUGAUGCUAUAUUAACGACCUUUAAUAUAGACGUAUGCAUUUCCUGUUUCUUCUGAUGGAGUACGCACACAUAUCUAUAUUUGAUAAUGUCAAAUAUGAAGGGCGGCCCUUUAGUUCGCGAGUGAGAUGGAGCCGCAUGCCGCUUCGCUUCAGGGCCCGAGGAGUGACCCCGGGAUGCCCCGCCCCCCCGGGAUGCCCCGCCCCCCUUUUUACAUGCAGCACGCACUGCAGACGAGCUCGGGGCAUCGAGCUCGCGCAACUUGCACGAGGCGAGCGAGCCGCUCCUCUCCCGCUGCUCGUCACUGCCCCCGCAGGACGCCACAUUUUACAUUGUGUGUGUGUUUGUGUGUGUGUGUGUGUGUGUGAUCUUCUCACUCUAGUAGCACAAGAGAGGCGUGUGUGUCUAGACUCCUCCCCCUUUACACUGGACCGGUGAGCCUCCUCGGUUACGUCGUCUUCUCUCUGAAGACCGCGACUCUAUUCAUCCUAGUGGUGCCAUCUCUCUUUCUUUUUGGUCACAUUCAUCCCUCGUUCUUCCUGGCGUUGCCCCCCCCCCCUCACCGUCUGUAAUUUGUAUAUUUUUGUAUUCAUCCCCCCGUGACUGCAUCGAGGCGCGUGAGGCUGUGCAUGCUUCAUCCUCAACAUUUGUUUCCUAUUGGACGGUGAUGAUGACGAUGAUGACGAUGAUGAAUGCUCUGCUGCAGACAUAUAUAUAUAUAUAUAAAUAUAUAUAUAUAUACACACACACAGUAAAUAUAUGAUAAGCGAGUGCAUCAAGCGGCUGGACGGCCGGGGAACGUGUAAAUAAAAUGCUCAACACUAUUUUUAACGAAUGUUAACGGGGCUUUUCCUUUUGUAAAUGUCUCUCGUGCUCAGAACUGCUGAGUCAUGAAUCGUCAUGAUGAUACGAUGUAAAUACAGAAAGAGAUCAAGUCAGUCGUCUGUCCUCAUUGGGUCCAACUAUACGAUAAAUCAACCUUUCAGUGUUCUCACGGUUAAAGAUAUAUAAAUAUAUAUUAUUUUUUUGGUAUAAUAUCACGAGCCCUAAAAAAAGAUUCACUGAUUUUUGAGGAGGAAGUCGUGGAGGCUCGUUGACCUUUGACCUUUCAGGGGUUGUGUUCUCCGUUGGCUUCUUUUUCGGGUGUUUAAAAAAAUAUAUUUUUAGAAAACGUGUUAAAGUUCAAAAGCGACAGAAAAGGGAUUUUUUGGGGGUAUUUCUCUUCCACGCCAAGAAGAAAACCCUCUAAUUAUAUAUAUAUAUAUAUAUAAUUCUAUAUGUUCUCUCUGGUCUGAGGUAUUUAUCUCUCUAUAUAUCUAUAUAGAUAUAGAUGGAGGACGUUCCUCCUCUUAUCAACGCAUUCGGUCCUAAAACAUCUAAAACGAUAUUGUACGCCUGCAACUUGAGACGAUGUGACUUGACAGAGAAAUAAGACACUAAAUUAUUUUUAUUUUUUAAGAAUAUUAUUAAAGAAAUGUCUCAGAUAUAUUGAAUUCAGUCGUCUCAGAGGCCGUAACGGUCCUUCUUUCACCAGAAGCUCCGGCCGGUUGCUGUCGGCUCCGUUGAAAGACACUUUAUGUCGACUCAGCAUUUAUUUUUAAACAUUUAGCGAAGUCUCAUCGUCUCCUUGGAGACGCGUUAAUAAACAAACACACCUCGGAGAACUAGAUUUGUUUUAUUUAUUUUUACCUGUCAUAAAAACCACGAGAUCGUAAACUCUCCAAAACCGACAAAAGAUCGAUCAAAACUAUAAAGCUAUGAAUAAAGUAACAGAUGUUGUAUGUUUUCUAUUAUCUUGUAGAAUAAAUACUUUUGUAAGUAUGUGAAAGUAUAUAAAGUAUUUGCUGAUUCUGCUUCCUUUGACGACCAAACAAUAAUGUACAGAGGACAUGUGGCUGUGCAGUUUAUGUACAUUUGCAACUAGACUAUUAAAGUUUUAUUUAGCUAUUUUA